GUGUGCGGCGCGGCUCGACCGUGCGAACCCUCGGGCUAUAAUUCCACCUGCAGCCAUUUGUCAAGGCUGCAGCGGUCAGACGACACCGCCGAGCCAGCCCGGGCAAGAGCGGCCCGCCGCGGCAAAGCGCCUCACUCUGAGCCAAGGAGACGCGCCCGUGACCGGCAACGCCAGCUGCGAAGGCGGCGGGAUGGAGGAGGAGGAGGCUGAAAUGAAUAACCAGCAGGAAAUGUUGCAAAGAAAAAAGAAUGUGAUCUUAGUGGAUGGAGUAAUUUUAAAUGGCCCGGUAGCAGAUUCAAAAGCAGGAGAGAAAUUUGUGGAAGAGGCCAGUAAGAUCAUAAUGGAAGAGGUGAUAAAGAAAGCUGCUGAUGUAACAGAAAAGGUGUGUGAAUGGCAUCCUCCGGAAAAGCUGAAAACACUACUUGACUUGGAAUUGAAAGACACCGGAGAGACCCAUCAGAAACUCCUGCAGUUUUGCCAGGAUGUUAUACAAUUCAGCGUCAAAACCAAUCAUCCAAGGUUUUUUAAUCAAUUGUAUGCUGGUAUUGAUUAUUAUUCUUUAGCAGCGCGUUUUAUCACAGAAGCAUUAAACCCGAGUGUGUAUACCUACGAAGUGUCUCCAGUGUUUUUGUUGGUGGAAGAAGCAGUUCUAAAAAAAAUGAUUGAAUUUAUUGGAUGGGAAGAAGGUGAUGGUAUAUUUAACCCAGGUGGCUCUGUUUCUAAUAUGUAUGCGAUGAACUUGGCGAGAUACAAGUACUUCCCUGACAUAAAGGAAAGGGGGCUUUCUGGGAUGCCACGUCUGGUUCUGUUUACAUCAGAAGAGUGUCAUUACUCCGUGAAGAAGGCAGCAUCUUUUUUGGGAAUUGGGACACAAAAUGUUUACUUCAUCAAAAGUGAUGAAAGAGGUAAGAUGAUACCUGAGGAACUGGAGAAACAAGUCCAGCGGGCCAGGAAAGAGGGUUCAGCACCAUUUUUUGUCAGUGCUACAGCUGGCACCACAGUUUUGGGAGCGUUUGAUCCUCUGGAUGAAAUAGCCAACAUCUGUGAAAAACAUGACCUUUGGCUGCAUGUCGAUGCAUCAUGGGGAGGCUCAGCUUUGCUGUCAAGGAAGCAUCGCAAGCUUCUGCAUGGCAUCCACAGGGCCCAUUCGGUGGCAUGGAAUCCUCAUAAGAUGCUUAUGGCAGGGAUCCAGUGUUGUGCCCUUCUGGUUAAAGACAAUUCUGACUUGCUUAAGAGAUGCUACUCUGCCAAUGCCUCAUACUUGUUCCAGCAAGACAAGUUCUAUGAUGUCAGCUACGACACGGGUGACAAAUCAAUCCAGUGUAGCAGAAGAGCAGAUGCCUUCAAGUUCUGGAUGACCUGGAAAGCACUGGGGACAACUGGUCUUGAGGAGAGAGUAAACAGAGCCCUCGCUUUAGCCAGAUACCUAGUGGAUGAAAUUAAGAAGAGGGAAGGAUUCCAGCUGCUGUUGGAGCCGGAGUAUGCAAAUAUUUGCUUUUGGUACAUUCCACCUAGUUUGAGAAACAUGGAGGAAGGACAUGAAUUCUGGGAGAAGCUUGAACAUGUUGCACCCAUCAUUAAAGAGAGAAUGAUGAAGAAAGGCAGCAUGAUGUUGGGGUACCAGCCUCAUCGUGGCAAAGUGAAUUUCUUCCGCCAGGUCAUUAUCAGCCCCCAGGUGAGCCGUGAGGACAUGGAUUUCCUGCUCGAUGAGAUCGACUCACUUGGGAAAGACUUGUAGUUGACGUUCCACCAUGCUUGGCGCUAGAUUAAGAACGUUUGCAAUAAUAUGGUACUAGACCAUGUAAUCUAUACAUAAAUAAACAAACGGCUGAAACUACUGUCUAGAAUGCCUGGGCAGAAGUGGCAGUCCAUUUUUUUCUACUGCCACUCUAACAAGGAUGUGAUGCUUUUUGCCUAACGUGGGCAGCUACUCAGCUGAUACACAUUGUUAAAAUAGGCCAGAUUAACUACUGACAUAAAUUGCUAUUUAUUAGUAGAAGUGAAUGGCGUUUGAGCCAUUGCUGAAGUAGGGCUGAGUUUAGGCCAGUGCAUAUUAAAUAAAGAAGGACCUUUGUAUGUGUUGUGAAGAUAAAGGUUGGAGGCUCAGAAUUGUUGGGGUUCUGCUGACGCAAGAGUUUUGCUGACUGAUGUGCUAACUAGAAAAUGAAGUGUUACAUGACCAGUUGGACCCUACCAAUUUUUCUCAGAAAUUUCCAUAAUGCUCUGUAGAGAUCAAAAUAUUGCAAUUUAUGUAUCAUCUUUUUUAAUCCUUUGAAAAACUAAUGAAGUAUAAUUUCUGAAUCUCAAUUCUUAUUAAAUCUAUAUUCUAAAACAUCAGCAAAGUAUUUCUUAAGCAUUUUAGAGGCAUCAUAUUCAAGUUAAAGAAAUUUCACAUAUAUAAAUGUGUGUUUGUGUGUGUGUGUAUAUAUAUCUCCUAGAGCUGUAUUUUUAUAUGCUGUGUGGCUAUUUAAGAUAAGGAUUACUGUAUUGAUUCAACCAGUGGUUUGUUUCUAAAGAUGUAAAAACUAUCAAAUUUCACUUGAGCAGAGUAUAAACUUUGGGAAGAUUACACUAAAGGUAAUAUAAGUGUGUAAUAAUUUGGAAUUUGUUCAUAAUAUUCAAAUAGAGGCCACUGUUUUUGGUAAAUACUUUUGUGAAGCUGAAAAAAACUACAAUGUUUUUUUUGUCUAUUUAAUUUCAUUUAUUAUAGUAUGUUUUAACAAAUUGGUUUGUUAUUCAUGGUCUUGUUCUGUUGUAGGAGUUUUGCUGUAUUUGCCCACUUCAAUCUGGAGGUUGCGCUUGUAGCGUGGUGUAAUAAUUAAUUUAUUUGAGAUCUGUAUUUUACCUGCUUCUUUGUGAUGUGUAUAGUGCGUAACAGAAUUGUCCAGCUUCAGCAUUGUACUGGUACUUUUUUGUAGCCGCAUAUUUAAGUCUAACAAGCACAAAACCCCUGUGUUUUUAGUUGAAUUUUGAAUUAAAAGUAAUUGAUAACUCUUCUGAAUAAA